AUGAGCCAUUUUCUGUGUCAUUCGUGUUUAUUACGAGACGAGUCUGCGCGCAAUUUGGAGCUACCUGACUUGUUCAGUGUGGAGCUCGAGCACGAAGGUUUCACGGAUUGCCGUGCGCUCGUGAUGAUCAUGGAGCAGGGAAAGACCAACCAGUAUGGGCGUCGCGACUUUGGUUCGUGCAUCCGACACCGCAAUGACGCAGUGCUGCUGCGCGAAGUGCAUCCAGCCCACAAGUGGUGGGGGAACCCUCCGUUCAACACGACUGCGUUUAACGCAUUUGCGACUGCCCUCAAAGGAGAGGAGCAAACACUCAUCCGCACCCGAGAAACAAUCUGA